AUGAGUUUAGCUGUCUUUACAGUUUCUGGCCUGCCCGACAACGCUGUUUCGGAGCAUGCGCACCUUAAGAACGAGGGGGACUGUGUGGCGUUCAAUGGGAACGCGCGGAAGUUUAUCUUCACCAAGUGUACGCUGUCCCUGUUGACGUAUUGUCAGAAAAAGAAUGGAUCGCCAGUCGCGUUGCCAUCGUUUGGAAAUCCCUAUCUCACAUGGGCACAGGUGGCUCAAGCCUGUGUCACGGCUAACUUUGAACAGCUCGCCUACAACGGCACCUUGAACUUGCCGACAACAGUGGUCAGUCAAUUGUGGACGGGCAUGGUCCGGAUUCAUGUGAUCAAAGCCAAUCUCCGAAAAGCAUCCGGUGUCACCGGGUAUGGGUAUGUCAAGGUCUACAACAACACCGCCUACGUGAGAUUUGAUCCCUCGCCUUCGGAACAGCGGAAGUUUCUUUGCGCGACAGACAUGCCUCAAACCACAACUAGCAGGCAUUCGCCACGACCGGAAACAGUUCCUACACCGGAACCGGAACCUCCUAAACCAGAACCGGAGACGCCCGAACCAGAGGAGGAACCGGAACCAGAAUCGGCUGCAGAAAUCCACCGAAAAAUGCUUCCGCUGUACAUAAUAGUACCGAUAGUUGUGUUGGUAAUUCUGAUCUGCAUCCUAAUCGUCGUCUGGAGGAGACGAAGACUAAAUCGACAAGAGCGCCGAAUGCUUGAGAAGUACAGAAACAGGGCUAUUGAGUUCGACACUCAUUCUUUGCCUCGGUCUGACAUAGAUUUCCGUACACAUAAACCCACCGAUGAUGAUGCCAUUUCAAGCCACACUACAAACAGCAAACAACCUAUCCUGGACAACAAAAAUAAGAUGGAUGAAACCAAGAAAGUCACUGAACUAGACGCAACCAUUCCUCUUGAUGACGAAACUGAUACCAUGAAAGCAAGACGUCCACCAAUGAAGCGUGUGGAGUCAGAUGGCGGCUACGGAAUUAGAAUGAGCCGGGAAGACAACAUAGGUUUACCAGUAGAUUACGGGUAUGCGAGUGUGAAUAGGCAAGGUGGUUUGGGUGGAGGAUUUUAUGACGUUACUGGGAGGGACAAUGGUACUAGCGGAAUGGCCGACUCCACGUACGCUCGUGCAAACUUUGAAGGUGGCUACUGA